AUGGAGACAAGUGAGAUGAUCUUUAUCCUCGACCUGACACUCUUACACUUGCAGCCGAUCUCUGUACGUCGUGUCAGCACAUCAUGGUACUGCUCUGGCACGUUUUUGAUCUACACCCAUGCAACUUCCGUUAUGUCCUCGCACAAUAGGCGCGAGUUUCAUAUAUGCCUAGACUCGUCGCCUUACCUGCUUCUCGCCCGCAAUGAUCGCCGUACUGUACCCGGCAUUUCUAAUAACGGCAUGCCGGGGGAGAUCCGAUACUUCGCGGAGGUAAUUAAUAGCUGA